CGAGUCUACAUCGAGUCUACAUCGAGUCUCGUCGAGUCCACAUCGAGUCUACAUCGAGUCCACACCGAGUCCACACCGAGUCCACACCGAGCACUACUUGUGUUGUUGUCAACAUGGCCGUUCCCACUCGUCGUAUCAAACCAGAACCCUUUUCACAGCAGUUGGACAUGAUUGAAAAACAUCUAAUCGAACUACAAACCCAACCAUUGAAAAAUUAUACUAAAAAUCACAUCCCAAGACGCCAAAGUCAAGUUUCAAAAAACAGAACCUCCAAAUACGUCCCCAUACAAAACCCCCAAGUGGCCCAGUCGUCCUUCGAUCCCUUCCUGUCCCUCAACCAACUUGAUUUAACCGGGGGAAUCCUAAAUGACCUCGAUCAAGACCUCACCAUCACCAACCCCAACCCCACCCGGCCCAACCUCUCAACCCCCGGCUGGUCAAACGGAAUCAAUCAGAACAUCUGGGGCACUAACACUCAAUCUAGAUUCAGUGAUGCCACCGUUUGGGGUUAAUAUCUUUAUUUCGUCUCGUAAUCUCGGAUUACUUUUUCUUCAUUCUACUUACUUUGGGUGGUGUCGGGCUCUCUCUUGUGUGUAAUAGUGUAUCGUUACUAGUUUACUUGUUAAUAUAUUCAACGUAUAGCUCCA